AUGGAACAAACGAACAAUGUGACUGAGUUUGUGCUCUUGGGGCUCACUCAGAGUCUCCAGGGUCAGAAAAUAUUAUUUGCUGUGUUCUUGCUAAUCUACAUGGUGACAAUGGUAGGCAACCUACUCAUUGUCCUGACUGUGGUGCUGAGCCCUGCCUUGGACGUCCCGAUGUACUUCUUUCUUGGUUACUUAUCACUUAUGGAUGCUGUUUAUUCUAACACAAUUACCCCGAAGAUGAUGAUAGACUUACUCCAUGUGAAUAAAACAAUUUCCUUCAAAGCUUGUAUGACACAGCUUUUUGUAGAACACUUAUUUGGUGGUGCUGAGAUUUUGCUCCUGGUUGCCAUGGCCUAUGACCGCUAUGUGGCCAUUUGCAAGCCCCUGCAUUAUCUGACCAUCAUGAACCAACGUAGGUGUGUUCUACUAUUGAUAUUGGCCUGGGCUGGGGGAUUUUUGCAUGCUUUACUGCACAUCCUUUCUGUCUACAACCUUCCUUUCUGUGGCCCCAAUGUGAUUGACCACUUUGUCUGUGACAUGUACCCCUUAUUAAAGCUCGCCUGCACAGAUACCUACUUUAUUGGCCUCACAGUGGUGGCAAACGAUGGUGUCAUCUGUGUGGCCAUCUUUACAACCUUGCUUAUCUCUUAUGGGGUCAUUCUUCACUCCCUGAAGAACCUGAGUCAGGAAGGGAAGCUCAAGGCUUUGUCCACCUGUGGCUCCCACAUCACAGUCGUUAUUUUCUUCUUUGUCCCUUGCAUUUUUCUGUAUGUGAGACCUCCCUCUACCUUGCCCAUUGAUAAAUCCUUGGCUGUCUUUUACACUGUAAUUACACCUUUGUUGAACCCCCUCAUCUAUACUUUGAGAAACGCAGAGAUGAAAAAUGCCAUGAAGAAACUUUGGACUGGAAAUGGAAAAUAA